GAGUGUGAUCGUGACGUCAUUCUGUUCCCGUCUGCUUUAUUUUGCUUCGGUCUACGGAGCCGCCAUUACAGGAAGAACCGGAGCCGAGCCGAGCUGGAGGACACCGGAUUCGGUCAGAGAGGGAGGGACCGGACGUGCGGCACCCAGUGGUCCGGUCCCGGCAGCAAUGAGCGGGGGAGGGAAGUCGGCCAAGGGAUAAAGCCAGAAUCUAGAAACGUCAGUGCAGCGCUGGAUGAAAGAUGCAAGCGUCUGUCAGGAGUCCAGAAACUCAUUGACCUUUUAUACACCCACACUAAUUACAAGCAAACAGAUCACAGCUUCCUGACGGAUACAAACCCCUGGGAGUGUCACCAUGACGGAGCAUGGCAUAAAAUGGGCUUGUGAAUAUUGUACGUUUGAGAAUUGGCCUUCUGCUAUCAAAUGCACCAUGUGUCGAGCCCAAAGACCAAGUGGUGCCAUUAUAACUGAGGAGCCAUUUAAAAGCAGUACCCCUGAUGUGGGCACCAUAGAAAGAGGGGGCAGUCCUUUAAUAUGUCCCGAUUCAAGCGCUAGACCACGUGUAAAAUCAUCAUAUAGCAUGGAAAAUGGCAGUAAAUGGUCAUGUCACAUGUGUACUUAUCUGAACUGGCCUAGAGCAAUCCGUUGUACACAGUGCUUGUCCCAGCGUAGGACACGUAGCCCCACAGAAUCCCCUCAGUCAUCUGGAUCUGGUAUGCGAUCCAUUCCCAUCCCUAUUGAUCCAUGUGAGGAAUAUAAUGACAGAAAUAAAUUGAACAUAAAAGGUCAACACUGGACUUGUUCUGUUUGCACUUAUGAGAACUGUGCCAAAGAGAAGAAAUGUGUUGUGUGUGACCUCCCUGUUCCCAACAAUAUGGAUGCUAUAGAGUUAGCUGAUACGGACGAGGCCUCCUCCAUUAUUAACGAGCAAGAUCGGGCUCGCUGGAGAGGAGGCUGCAGCAGUAGUAACAGCCAUAGACGGUCACCACCCACUUCCAAGCGAGAUUCUGAACUGGAUUUCCAGAGAAUUGAACUGGCUGGGGCUAUGGGGAGUAAAGAUGAACUGGAUCUCAAAAAGUUAAAACAAAUAAAAAACAGAAUGAGGAAGACAGACUGGCUAUUUCUGAAUGCAUGCAUUGGGGUAGUGGAGGGCGAUCUCUCGGCUGUGGAAGCUUACAAGACCUCAGGAGGAGACAUUGCUCGGCAACUCUCUGCAGAUGAAGUUCGUCUGUUAAACCGGCCAUCGGCCUUUGAUGUGGGUUACACUCUGGUGCACCUGUCUAUUCGCUUCCAGAGACAGGACAUGCUAGCCAUCCUCCUAACGGAGCCUGGGGCAAGCUUGGAGCAAACGCACAUCUUUGUCCUUGCACAUAUUCUUAGAAGACCAAUCAUUGUGUAUGGAGUUAAAUAUUACAAGAGCUUCCGUGGGGAGACUUUGGGUUACACUCGUUUUCAAGGAGUGUAUUUACCUCUGCUAUGGGAGCAAAGCUUCUGCUGGAAAAGUCCCAUUGCCUUGGGCUAUACAAGGGGGCACUUUUCGGCCCUGGUGGCCAUGGAGAAUGAUGGCUAUGACAAUCGUGGGGCUGGUGCAAAUCUAAAUACAGACGAUGAUGUUACGGUUACGUUCCUACCACUAGUGGACAGUGAACGGAAGCUACUGCACAUUCAUUUCCUGUCUGCGCAGGAGCUCGGCAAUGAGGACCAGCAAGAAAAGCUUCUGCGUGAGUGGCUGGACUGUUGUGUGACUGAGGGGGGUGUCCUGGUAGCCAUGCAAAAGAGCUCCCGCCGCCGCAACCAUCCUUUGGUAACACAAAUGGUGGAGAAGUGGCUAGAUGGUUACCGACAGAUUCGCCCUUGUACAGCACUGUCAGAUGGUGAGGAUGAGGAUGAAGAUGAGGAUGAGUGAGGAAGUUCAUGCAGAGCAUGUUGAAAGGCUGAACUGUGUGGUUAUAGCUGGACCUGAAGUCAAGGGACCCUUCCUAGUCUGUAUGGGACCCGCAGUGUGGAGGAAUUCUCCAGUCUGCCCAAUCCCUGAGGAAGCAGCACUUGUAGCUCCAGCGACAACAUCCUUUUAUUAUCAAGACUGAACAUUUUGUUUUUUAUUUUUUUCUCUUUUUUUUCCCCUUCUCCUCCCUUAACUGGGUUGUAAAUCUUGGCGUAUAAUGCAUGUGUUCUGCAACAAGGGAGAGAGAACCUAGAUGGCAAAAUCCUAUGACCAAUCCAAAAGAUUAAUGGGUUUGUCACUUCCUGCUUUACUCCUAGUUCCUGAUAUUUUGUUUUAUUUCAAAGCUUUGUUUAUUUCACUUUUUUUUUAAAGCUGUUCACAUGAUUCUUUAACCCAGGCGUUACUAGACAGACCUAGGGCUGUAUGUUGCACAGUUACAAAGGACUGCCUAGCGGUCUUGCCGAGCAAUAGAAGGGUUAAAUACUUUAUUUUUAGGAUUCCAUGCACCGGUAGUAAGAAGAACUUUUAAAGUGCUUAGUCCCAGUUCACCUCACAAACAAGAAAUAAGGUUUCAGGUGUGAAAUUGAGACCGGUUUAGUUUUUUAAUUUGUUUUGGUUAACACCCUGUACAGUUAAAUGAAAUUGCAAAAGAUUAAGUGAAAGAAGAUAGGAAGAGACUUUGUAUUUGUUCACCCAUCACGUCUGUCUGCUCUCAUGGUUCAUUCCCCCCCCCCCUUUUUUUCCCCCCUUUCAGAUUACUUAACAUAUUUAUUUAAAACACACAUAUUCCCCUCCACUCCUUAUAUGCAGGAAUUAGGUUAUAAAGCAAUUGUGUGCAGUUUUCCAGCUUGGAAUUGAUUGCGAAUGUGACACAAAUACAUGGUCUUGCUGUGAAACCACCUGCUGUAAUGUCUGUAUUUUUUGGUUCUCCUUAACACUAUCUCAAAUGUGUUCUGUAUACUGUACGGGUGAUAAAACAGCAAACAAUCCCUACACUUUUACAAGCAUCUUUAAAUGACUUAAUUGUAAUAAUAAUAAAAUACUGAAUUUCAUAUUAGCACAUUAUUGCACAAAUGCUCACUGGUAACUGUGCAUAACUGUGUUUAACCUCUUCGCAGGGUUUUAAAGGGUCAUGUUCCCAAAUGUUGAAGCACUUAAAAAGUGAUCUGUAAAAAUCCGACUAGAAAAUCACUUGAACAUCUCUAUGUAAAAAAAUAAAAAUGAUUUACCUCAGUUUCCUCAUUCGCCACAUCCCAUUGUGAAGGGAUUGUCAACACCCAAUUAGGGUGCUUGUCCCAGGACUUGCCAUGAAGCAUUCAUUAAGCAUGUGCAAGCACCGUCACUUUAUUUCCCUCCACAGUUUAAGGAAGUUUAUUAUGAAAUUGUGCGAGAUUAUGGUGAAAUCUCAAGAUAUUACUGUGAAACAAAAUGUGAAUUCAACACUAAUUAUGCUGAUUGGCCAUUUGAACACUUAUUCUGGUGAGAUGAAAUUUUAAGGAAAGGUUUUACUUUUUUUUUUUUUUUUAUAGAGAUGUUUGUGAUAUUUCCUAUUCAGCUUUAUACAGAUAUUUCAUCACAUUUGUUAUUUAGCACAUAGGUAACAUGUCCCUUUUAGUUUUUGCUACAGAGCCUCCAUGCAUCUCUGCUUCUGAGCAGGACAUAGCUAAUGAGCCAAUCAGAAGUGGUAUACACAUGUAACCAGAGUUAAACAAGUCAUUACCGGCUAGAAUUUGUGCAAAAAUGAAAUGCUCUAAUGCAUUAAAUCCUUGUAUCAUUGCAUUAUGUCAGUUUAAAAGUACUGUGACUGCUGCACAGGGCUUGUGUCUUUAUAAACAACACUGCUGUGUUACAUCUUAAAAAAAUACAGAACAAAAACAAAUGUAUUAGUUUUGCAGGUUUUAAUUUUUACCUCCCAGGGUCUGAUUCUAAAAAAAAAAAUUUUUUAGCUUUGUAUAUGAAUUAAUUUAUAUUUUUAACCUAGACAUUUAUUGAAACAGCCCAUUAAUCAGAAUUUACUGUUUGGUGGAGUGAGUGCCUCUGUGUUGGAACUUAGGUUUUCCCCGACCGAUUAAUAAGAAUUAGUUUGUGGAAACAAGGUGAUGGGGAAUCCCUGUUAGUUACUUUAACUGCUUUGAUGCACAUGACAAGGUAUUUUUGUCUUGCAAGUGGGAUCGCCGAUCAAAAUCUGUUUUCGGCGAUCCCCCUUACUACAGACCAGGUAUCAUUGGUGGAAUACUGGGCGGUACUCCCAAGGUAUGAAUGGGAGUGCCGUUAGUGUUGCUACAAGUGGGAUGAUGUCACAAAGGGGUGGUGCCACUGUAGCAUGGAUUUAAACCCCUUGAUCACCGCUCCCUUACAAGCUAUAGAUGAUCAAGUCCCCAAGUUUGAAAGAGAAUAUCCUGCCCUUUGAAAUGGUAGGGAUCUUGAAAAGUAACAAUUAUCCCAUUAAAAAAAAAAAUGCUAGAUAAGGUUUUACAGUUAAGUGUAGCUUUAGGGACAUACAAUAAAACAUCAAAAAUGUUUAACGUCACAAAGUUUUAUUUUAUAGUGGAUGGGUCCCAUUAAAAAUGUACAGUUUCACUGUAUAUCCAAGUGAUCACUGUGGUGACAGCAAUCACCUGGCAAAAAGUGCUUUUAGUUCUUUUAUGACACAAGGGUUUCCUCUAGUUCUUAUUACAACCCCCAAAAGCCUGUAUGAACCCCCCCAUGCAACAUUAAAUAUCAUUGAUAACAGUAGAGUAGCAGCAGUGGUCACCUGGCGAUUUGCAAUAUUAUUUACUGAAAUCAUAACAAAAAUAGUGAGGGGGGUAACAUUUUUGUUGCGGCCUUCUCACCUGCAUUAAAAUUCUAACUAUAAUAUUUGUAUAUUCUUAUGACAUUAUGUUUAAAUGUAACCAACAAAGAAAAAAAGCUCAAAAUCUGCUUAGUACAAGGAUGUGAAAAGGCUUAACAUCAAAAGGGUCAAAGGGACAUGACACCCCAAAUUUUUCUUUAAUGAUUCAGACAGCGCAUGUAAUUUCAAAGAACUUUCCUUUUUAAUUUUAUCAAAUGUCUCCGUUCUCUUGGUAUAUUUUGUUGAAAAGUAUGGUAGUAAGCUCAGGAACAUACAUGUGUCUGCAGCAGUUUCACAAGAGCACUAGAUUUUAGCACUUUUUUUGCCAUAUAGUGUUUCAGACGUGCAAAUUUUGGGUUUCAUGUUCCUUUAACCGUUUUUCAUGCAGUCUUGUUUGCGUACUCUUUCAUUGCCUGUUUUAUAUCCAGUUGUCCUCAGCAUAAGAGCAUUGCAGCAGCACCCAUUUAAAAAAAAAAUACAUCUACAUAUUACUCUAAGGCUAAUCCUUGAAACAAGGAUGUUUUCACAUUGAUUGAUAGGUGUCUGAGAACCAUUUCUCAUGAGUGCUUUCUGGCCAGAGGGACAACAAAGGAGUUCAGCUGGGCAGUGAGAAAUCUCCUAUUGUGGGAAUGUUUUAGGUGAAAUGCAGAUUUAUCAGACAUUCCUCUGGCCUAUGGGGAGCUGCUCCUACAUAGAUCAUUUGAAGUGUAAUUGCACUUUUUUGGAUGUGCCUUCUAUGCAAUACAGACAGCUGUUGGGAUAAUGCAAGGUAGAUUAAGGUUAAAAGGUGAGUUAAAAAAAAACAAAUAACUCUUCCACUGACUAUUCCCUUAACAUCUACACAUAUAUAGUGUCCACAUGGCCUGAUGAUGCCACACACUAAUUCAGGCAUUUUUGGCAAGUUUUAAGGCACAUUCAGAGAAAAAAAUGAAUACUGUCUAGUAGUACUUGUAUUUGUAUGCACAGCCUUCUCUGUCACCCACACUGUAAUCUCACAACUUUUUAACAUUUCUAAACCUUGCAAUUUAUGUAGAAAGGAGAUGCAAUCACUGCAUCAAUAUUGGGGGAGAUGGCUGAGAUAAUUAGACAAAGACCCUCAGGGAUAAAGGAUAAAUGAGCAAAAUAGUCCUUGAGUCCAAUUCUGAAUAUAUAUGAUGAUGCAUAACACAGGUCAAUAUUAGUAGGAACAUUAAAAGAAUGGUCUAGACAGAAAAGGGGGAAAAGGAAAGUCAGUGAAGAGAACAAUAGGAGAUACAGUGGAGAAUGAUGGAUAAGGGGAAUAGCAGCCCUCCUAGAGAUCCAAACAGCCUCAUAGAGCUAGCACUUGCACCUACUACAAUAUUCUCCAUCUUCUCAACAAAACUCCUGCUUCCUCAAAAUACUUUUUUUUUUUUGCAGAUUCCCAAUACGUUGCAGGAUAUCAAAUUUGUGUCUGGAACUAGGUGUUUCUAAGCUCCUUUGGAGCUGUGUUGGUGGUGGUAAGAACAUCUAGCAUUUACUUAAUGCUUUAUAUUUGGGUGUGUUGUGUUUAAUUUGAGACCUGAUUAAAAACAAUUUAAGUGCUA